AUGACAUUUCGACUUAAAUUGGCAUUAAUUUGGCAUUUUGAUUUUUUAUCAUUUUUUAAAUUAAACAAGAAAAUUGGAAAAAUCCAGGAACCGAUCAAAUCCCAAAAGCCGGUGCUCAAAAUUUGCCGGAUCCGGAUUCAGGAUUUGCAUCUAGAGCCAGUCGGGAUCCGGCCGGAUUUCUUUGGAUUAAUCCGGUCCGGUUUUAAUCCGGAAAUUGCGAGAAAAAUAUCCGGAUUUGGGACACGGACUACGGAAAAAUCCGGCCGGAUCCGGUCCAGUCCCAGUCACUAUUUUAAACCCUUCCUGACCCUUUGA